AUGUAUAGUACAAGUGUAACGCUCCAGGCCUUGUGCCUUCUGCCCCUUGUGACAGGCCUCCCUCUCAACGAGCGCGUAGACCAAGCCCUGCACUCAUACGAUUUGACCUCAAACCUCGAAUCCCGCAGCAACCAACAACACCCAAAACAUGGUGCUACCUACCAAACCCAAUUCUCCGGCGUGACCUGGGACCAACGCAACUGGCGUCUUCAAAGCACCAUCCUCGACCAGGGCCACUACGAAUCCCGCGGCUCUGUCGCUAAUGGCUACAUUGGUUUAAAUGUUGCCGGCGCUGGUCCAUUUUUUGAACUGGAUACCGCCGUUGAAGGCGACGUGAUCAAUGGCUGGCCGCUGUUCUCGCGUCGACAGACGUUUGCUGGGUUAGCGGGUUUUUAUGAUCUGCAGCCUACGACUAAUGGGACGAAUUUUCCUUGGCUGUAUCAGUAUGGUGAUGAUAGCGUGAUUAGCGGUGUGCCGCAUUGGGGUGGCUUAGUGCUGGAUUUGGGGGGUGGCGAGUAUCUGGAUGCGACGGUGGAUAAUGCGACUAUUUCGGAUUACACGACUACCUAUGAUUAUAAAGCUGGUGUGUUAUCUUGGGAUUACAAGUGGUCGCCGAAAAACUCCAGUGGAUCUUUCCAGAUUGGUUACAAGAUCUUUGCGAAUAAGCUUGAUGUUAAUCAGGCCGUGGUAAGGUUGAGUAUUACUCCGUCCGCGAAUGGGUCGGCGUCCGUGGUGAAUGUGAUUGAUGGGUAUUCUGCUGUUCGGACGAAUUUUGUCUCGUCAGGAAAUGAGAGUGACGUUAUCUUCACCGCUGUCAAGCCUGUUGGUGUGAACAAUGUGACUGCGUGGAUAUACGCUGCCCUUGACGGAGAUGAUGCUUUUGAUUUCUCUUCGGCGACGCUCGUCAACGACAAGCCAUACGUCCACAACAAUGACUCUUCAAUCGCGCAGUCUGUAAAUGUCAAGUUCACUGCCGGUACUACCAUCGCAAUCACCAAAUUCGUCGGUGCCGCGUCUACUGAUGCUUUCCCUGACCCCCGAAGAACGGCUAGAGAAGCCGCAUUGACUGCUCGUCGCCGAGGAUUCGACGAUCGCCUCCGCUUACACGUCUCCGAAUGGGCCCAAGUCAUGCCUGAUGACUCUGUCGAUGACUUUACUCUUGCAAACGGCACUUUACCCAAUGACACGUUCAUAAUCGAAUCUGCCGUCAUGGCCGUCGUCAAUCCUUACUACCUACUACAAAACACCGUUGGCCCAAACGCUCUUCGUCGAGUAAACAAUGCCCCCGUGAACGACUGGAGCAUUUCCGUUGGCGGCCUGACUUCGGAUUCUUACGCAGGUCAAGUUUUUUGGGAUGCCGAUGUGUGGAUGCAACCUGGUCUGGUUGCUGCAUUCCCUGAAUCUGCUAAGCGCAUCACCAACUACCGAGUAGCGAUAUAUGCUCAGGCUUUGGCUAAUGCAAAGACUGCCUAUACAAGUUCACAGAACCAGUCUUCGUUCUCAUCUGAUGCUGCGAUUUAUUCAUGGACAAGCGGACGGUACGGUAAUUGUACUGCCACAGGUCCAUGCUGGGAUUAUGAGUAUCACUUGAAUGGCGAUAUCGGCAUUUCGCUUGUCAACCAGUGGGUUGUCAGCGGUGAUACCAAGACGUUCCAAAACACUCACUUCCCUAUUUACAACUCUAUUGCGACUUUGUACGGGGAUCUCUUGAAGAAGAAUGGAAGCUAUUACACGCUCACGAAUAUGACUGAUCCUGAUGAAUAUGCCAACAAUGUCGAUGCCGGUGGAUACACAAUGACCUUGAUUUCACAGACAUUGUCGAACGCCAACACAUUCCGGAAGCAGUUUGGUUUGGACGAGAAUAAAACCUGGACAGAGAUGGCAGACAACAUCCUCGUAAUCCGCGAAAAUGAGGUGACCCUCGAAUACACAACUAUGAACAACAGCGUAGCGGUCAAGCAGGCUGAUGUGAUUCUAUCCACCUUUCCAUUGGACUAUACCAAAAACUACACCACGAGCGCCGCUCUCAAUGAUUUGGACUACUACGCGCUGAAACAAUCCCCCGACGGCCCUGGCAUGACAUAUGCUAUCUUCUCCAUCGUAGCCAACGAUGUUUCUCCCUCCGGCUGCUCAGCCUACACCUACGCCCAAUACUCCUACGACCCUUAUAUCCGCGGUCCAUUCUUCCAAUUCUCCGAACAAUUACUAGAUGACUACACCGCUAACGGCGGCACGCACCCUGCUUUCCCGUUCUUGACUGGUCACGGAGGCGCAAAUCAAGUCGUUUUGUACGGAUACUUGGGACUUCGUUUGCUACCAGAUGAUAUCCUGCACAUUGAUCCCAACCUGCCACCCCAAAUCCCAAGCGUCAAGUAUCGAACUUUCUACUGGCGCGGCUGGCCUAUCCAAGCUGCCUCGAACUACACGCAUACCACAAUCCAGCGCGCAACGACCGUAACGCCAUUGUCGACCGCCGAUAAGACCUAUGCUAACAAGAGUAUCUCCGUGCAAGUCGGGCAAAACACCGAAAGCUCCGCAACCUACUCUUUGCCCGUAAACGGCUCGGCAUUGGUCGUUCCUAACCGUAAAAUUGGAUCCAUCAAUACCGUCGAGGGCAAUAUCGCGCAAUGCAAAUCCGUGCUGUCGACUGAUACGUAUCAACCAGGUCAAUAUCCGAUUUCGGCGGUUGAUGGAGCGGCGUCGACGAAGUGGCAGCCUAAAUUUGCGGCGAAUGUUAGUUCGUUGACCGUUGACUUGACCGCUAGCAAUGCCAACACUGUGUCGGGUUUCUAUUUUGAUUGGGCUCAGGCACCGCCUACAAAUGUCACAGUUGUCUUACACAACUCUCUAUCUGUCUCCCUCGCCUCUUCUCACGGCGGAAACUCAUCAACAGCAGUGACCAUAACAAUCUCAAACCCCUACAACGCAUCAUCCUACAACGCGGAUAUCAUCAUGUUGUCGUCUAGCAAUACAACAAACUAUACAUUCCCAGAACCGGUAUCAAAGCCGAGGUAUGCGACUUUGUUUGUGCAGGGAAAUCAGGCGCUGGAUGAGACGGACAAGAAAUUUGGGAAUGGGACUGGAGCGACGGUUGCGGAGUGGGCGAUUUUGAGUUGA